AUGGCCUUCUUCCGACCUCCCAACUCCGCAAGUGGCCCAGCAAAGCAACAGCUGAAUCGGCAGCCGCCACUCACUCUUACCUCGCCUCAGAUGGUCGCUGAACAUGUCCCUUGUACCUUGCACAAUUCCAUCCUACCCCCUGACGUAGCCUGCAGGCUGUUCUACGAGAUGCUCCACCGCAGUCGUGACUGGAAGCAGAAUAAGUGGUGGCUGUUCGAUCGCGUAGUUGCGAGCCCUCAUCGCACUGCAUUCUUUGUCCGGACUGAACCAAGCGAAGAUAUGAAAGAGGCCGCACAGUAUUGGUAUAAUGGCCGCAAAACCGACCCACCUCCUCAAUUUCCGCCUGCCAUGGAAGAGGCAUGCCAGAUUGUCGAACGCGUGGUUAACGAGGAGAUGCGCGAGAGGAAACGAUACCCCCUGGAAUGGGGCGGGUAUCCGUGUGAAGAAGACGAAGAGCCUGAGAUCUGGCGUGCUAACGUCGCAGCCUCAAAUUGCUAUGCUGGAGCGAAGGAGAGCGUUGGCUUUCAUUCAGAUCAAUUGACGAAUUUGGGGCCGUACCCUACAAUCGCUAGUCUGAGCCUUGGAGUGGGUCGUAUAUUUCGACUACGCGAAGUGAUCCCGACAGACGAGAAAGAUAAACGAGCGGCCCGUACGUAUAACAUCCCCCUAAAACACAACUCGCUGGUCAUAAUGCACGCCUCUUGCCAAGAGAUGUACAAGCAUUGUGUGCCCGUGCAAAACACGAUUGACAUAUUCCACCCCCCGUUCCCACCCCCUCCUGACCUUGUCGAAGAAGACGCGGAUGGUAGGUUGAGCGACUCCUCAAACGCUCGGAUUAACAUCACAUUCCGCUUCUACCGCCCAGACUUCCGCUCUCAAACAAUACCCAAAUGCAAGUGCAACGUCCCAUGUAUACUGAGGCCAGACAUGAAGAAUCGGUACGAAGAGGCGCCCGAGUCUUCACAGGAUGCCAGCCGGAGUUUAGUUGCGAAAUAUUGGUGGACGUGUUACGCAGGAGCGCAGAACGAGGGCAAGGGGUGUGGGUAUUGGAAGGUCAUGGACGUGCAGGCGGAAGGGCGAGGGCCUUUUGUAGGAGAUGUUUCUACUUCGAGGCCACCAUAG